AUGCGUGGUCUCGUCCAAUUUAUAGCUGACCUUCGAAAUGCACGAGCACGAGACCUGGAAGAGAAGCGCAUCAACAAGGAGCUUGCGAAUAUCAGACAGAAAUUCAAGAGCGAGAAGCUUGAUGGCUACCAGAAGAAGAAGUACGUGUGCAAGUUAUUGUACAUAUACAUCCAGGGGUACAAUGUUGAUUUUGGUCAUUUGGAGGCGGUCAAUCUGAUAUCGGCGAACAAGUUCUCAGAAAAGCAGAUUGGAUAUCUAGCUGUUACGCUUUUCCUCAAUGAACAGCAUGAGCUUCUCCACUUGGUAGUGAACAGCAUUCGAAAGGAUUUGUUAGAUCACAACGAACUCUAUAACUGCCUAGCCCUCCACGCGAUCGCGAAUGUUGGAGGACGAGAAAUGGGCGAGGCUCUUAGUGGCGACGUUCAUAGGUUGAUGAUCUCGCCCACCUCCAAAGCAUUCGUCAAGAAGAAGGCUGCUCUCACUCUUCUACGUCUGUACCGGAAGUACCCAGCGAUAGUGCAGCAGGAGUGGGCUGAACGAAUCAUUUCCUUGAUGGACGACCCAGACAUGGGUGUCACCCUGUCCGUCACAUCCCUUAUCAUGGCGCUCGUCCAGGACAAUCCGGAAGCAUACAAAGGGAGCUAUGUCAAGGCUGCGCAGCGUUUGAAGAAGAUUGUGGUCGAGAAUGAUAUUGCCCCUGACUACCUAUACUAUAAGGUGCCAUGUCCUUGGAUACAGGUCAAGUUUUUGAGGCUGCUUCAAUAUUUCCCACCCUCCGAUGAUACCCACGUUCGAGAGAUCAUCAGAGAAUCUCUACAGCAGAUCAUGCACGCCGCCACCGAAAUGCCCAAAAAUGUACAACAGAACAACGCACAGAAUGCUGUUCUAUUUGAAGCAAUCAAUCUCCUCAUACACCUCGACACCGAACACAACCUGAUGAUGCAGAUAUCACAGAAGCUGGGAAAGUUUAUCACAUCAAGGGAGACGAACGUCCGCUAUCUGGGGCUUGACGCAAUGACGCAUUUCGCGGCCAGGGCUGAUACGCUUGAUCCGAUUAAGAAGCACCAGAAUAUCAUCAUCGGAUCACUACGAGAUCGAGAUAUCAGUGUCCGAAGGAAAGGCCUGGACCUGUUGUACAGCAUGUGUGAUACGACCAACGCCCAGCCAAUAGUCAACGAGCUUCUCAAAUAUCUGCAGACCGCUGAUUUCGCCAUUCGGGAAGAAAUGGUUCUUAAAAUUGCGAUAUUAACAGAGAAGUAUGCCACUGACGCGAAAUGGUACAUCGACAUCUCAUUGAAACUUCUUGCCAUGGCUGGUGAUCAUGUCAGCGACGAAGUCUGGCAACGAGUCAUCCAGAUCGUCACCAAUAAUGAAGAGCUACAGGCAUAUGCUGCUCACACAAUUCUGGAUCAUGUCAAAGCGGACAGCACGCAUGAUACGUUGGUUAAGAUUGGCGGAUACCUUCUUGGAGAAUUUGGCCAUCUAAUUGCGGACAACAAAGGCUGCAGUCCGAUAGAACAGUUCAUGGCCCUGCAGUCAAAAAUGAUGGGGUGCUCCGAUACCACCAGAGCGCUUCUUCUAUCUACUUUCGUAAAAUUUAUCAACCUGUUCCCGGAGAUCAAACCUCAACUUCUUCAAAUGUUCCAGUUCUACAGCCAUUCACCAGACUCAGAACUACAACAAAGAGCUUGCGAGUAUCUAACACUUGCUUUAUUGCCGACGGACGACUUGCUGCGAACAGUGUGUGACGAAAUGCCACCGUUCUCGGAGCGGACAUCUGUCCUGCUCUCAAGACUACAUCAGAAGAGUGUGGGUACCAGUGAUAAACGCACCUGGGUUGUUGGUGGAAAGGAUGCAAAUGUGGAUAAGAAGGAGGUCAUCAUGGCGCAGCAGACGGGGCUGAAGAGGUCUUUCACUGCAAUCGUCAAUGGGACUUCUGCUCAAGCCAACGGCGAAUCCCGAAGUGCGAGUGGCACAUCUCAACCCGCGACAGAUUCGUCCUCCAAUGAUCUAGCUGGACUAGGCAUGAACGAGCACACCGAGGAUGCGAAGACUCCUAAUCUAGCGAGUUCGGUGCACCUAACUCCGGAGUGGGAUAUCGGGUUCAACAGGCUCUACUUCAGCGAUGAGGGUAUUCUAUUUGAGGACUCGCAGGUUCAGAUCGGCGUGCGUAGCGAAUACCGAUCACACAUGGGGGUGGUCAAGAUCUACUUCACCAACAAAGCACCCUUCCCUAUCAGUUCAUUUACAACUACUCUUGACAACCCAUCACCCGCUCAGUUGAAAAUGGACAACAAAAGCCUCCCAGAUUCAACCGUACACCCAGGGUCUCAAACCCAGCAAACAGUCUUCUGCAUGGCCAAGUCUCCCUUUACAGAAGCCCCCACCAUGCGCAUUUCCUACCUCGCAGGCGCUCUCCAGGCAUACACUUUGCGUCUCCCCGUCCUCCCGCACAAAUACAUGGAGCCCUCAGAUCUAUCAGCAGAUGAUUUCUUCAAACGCUGGAAACAGAUCGGCACGGGGCCUCUGGAAGCUCAAUCGACAUUUGGUCUAAGUGGUAAAGGUAAGGAGAUGAACGAAAAAUUUACUCGCGACGUGGUGGCGGGUUUCAAGUGGCGGAUCCUGAAUGAUGUGGAUCCCAACGCGAAGAAUAUCGUGGGUUGUGCUGUUUUCCAGGUCGAAAGUGGGAAGACGGGCUGUCUUUUGAGAUUGGAGCCGAAUUACGAACAGAAGAUGUAUCGGGUUACUAUCCGAGCCACUCAGGAUACGGUGCCGAAGGCCAUGCUGAAGAUGAUGGAGGAACGGCUCUCCAGAGGUAUAUCGACAGAAUCAUCGUAG